CUGUGUUUCUGGGACCCAGGCCCGGGGCUGCAAGGCUUCCCGUGAACUCUGUUACGACCAGGAGAGGCCCAUACAAGAGCGGAGGGAGAGGACAGUGAUUUGAAGAAUAGCUACUCCUGGCAUCCUUGUUGCCUGAUUGCUGAAUGCUGCUGGAGUUCAGGACUAUAUUUCCCAGGAUCCAUUGCAACUGGAAGACACACCCACUUUCAGGAGGACUUGCGCCGGGCUAGGGCACUUCCUGUUCGGCGCUGGGGGGGGGGGGGGAAGGUAGGAGCGAAAGUCUAGGUCGCGCUGUGGCUGUCGGGUGAGGUCGACGUCCCGCCGGCGAGCGUGGCUCAGUGACUGUGUGACUGACGGUGCGGGACCGCCCGAGAGGAGGCGGUGUGCGUGCAAAUGGGGUUCUGUGCCUGCGUCAGAGGGGCCCGGUGGGCGGGAGGGGGUGACCGUGACUCGGCGUGUCUGCUCUUGGGUCUGCGACCCGGCGGCGUGCAGAGGACAGUGUCUUGGGAUGGCCGAAGGCACAUAAGUGACAUAGCAGGAAACUCUCCUGUGGGACACUGAAUACUUGCCCGCAAAUCAACUACGUAAAGCCCAAUGCGGGCCAAGCCCUAGAGUCCCAGGAAGGUGCCCAUGCGGCCAAACCAUUUCUUGUCCACCUUACUUGGAGAGGACAGAGCUCGGGACACGUCCCUGCAGGACAGCGAGGAGAGAGACCAUGGAGACUCAGUACAGAGAUGAGGACACUGAAACAUGGAACAAGUAAUAACUAGGAAAUACAAGAGCUAGGACUCAGAUCCAGAGUACACUGACUCCAGAGUCCCUCUCUGCACUAGCUGUCAUGUAAUCCCUUCAACUUCUGCCUGAGCAUCUCUCCCUCGUCAAUAAAUACCUUUCAUACAAGCCUUGGUGGUCUGUGAGAUCUCUUCCAGUCAAGUGCUGCCCUUUCAUCUGGUGUCAGAAGCAGGAUCUAAUUAGGGAAUGCUCUCAAGGGUAGUUUCCACCCCUUCCACGGGGUUUUAGCUCCUAGGGGCUCCCUGUCUUCUUCCUGCACUCCCGGUGCUCAACACCACAUCGACUUGUGUUCAUCCGCCAAGGCGCUCUAACCAGCACUCAACACCAUCCUCAUCCAGAUUUGCUCUUCCCUCUUAGAGCAUAGCUUUUCUCCAAAUGAAGAGCCAGGAAGAGGUAGAGGUGACAGGAAUUGAACUUCUUAAAACCAUGUUCCCAGAUUCACUGACUUUCACAGAUGUGGCCAUAGACUUCUCCCAAGAUGAGUGGGAAUGGCUCAGUCUUGCUCAGAGAAGUUUGUAUAGGAAGGUGAUGCUGGAAAACUAUAGGAAUCUGGUUUCAGUGGGUCUUUGCAUUUCUAAGCCAGAUGUGAUCUCCUUAUUGGAACAAGAGAAAGAGCCCUGGGUGGUGACAGGAGAGAUAACCAGAGGCCUGUGUCCAGACUUGGAGUACAUGUGGGUGACCAAGGAAUUAUCUCCAAACCAGGAUGUUUAUGAAGAAAAAUUACCCCAGGCAAUAAUAAUGGAAAGAUAUACAAGCCAUGUCUUUGAAUGUUCCACUUUAGGGAAAAACUGGAAAUGUCAAGACCUGCUGGACAGGGAGCCAGUAAGACAGAGGACCCACUUUAGGCAAGAGACAGUUACUUGUAUAGAUAACCUCACUGAGAAAAGAGACCACUCUCACAAAUCUGGGACAGUUUUUCAUCUGAAUACAUUAUCUCAUAUAAAACAGGUUUUUCCCAUGGAAAAGAGAAUAUGCAAUCAUGAUUCAGAUAAGAACAGCUUAAAACCACAUUCAAUUAUAAAACAACAGAAGCAAGUCUAUAGAGAAAAGAAACUUUUAAAAUGUAAUGACUGUGAAAAAAUGUUCAACAAAAUCUCAACCCUUACUCUUCAUCAAAGGAUUCAUACUGGAGAGAAACCCUAUGAAUGUAUUGAAUGUGGAAAGGCCUUUAGCCAGAGUGCCCACCUUGCUCAACAUCAGAGAAUACAUACAGGGGAAAAACCCUUUGAAUGUACUGAAUGUGGGAAGGCUUUCAGCCAGAAUGCUCAUCUUAUUCAACAUCAGAGAGUUCAUACUGGAGAAAAACCUUAUCAGUGUAAGCAGUGUGAUAAAGCCUUCAGCCAGCUUGCACACCUUGCUCAGCAUCAGAGGGUUCACACUGGAGAGAAGCCCUAUGAGUGUAUUGAGUGUGGGAAGUCUUUUAGUGAUUGUUCUUCCCUAGCUCAUCAUCGAAGGAUUCACACUGGGAAGAGACCUUAUGAAUGUAUUGACUGUGGGAAAGCAUUCAGACAAAAUGCCUCUCUUAUACGUCAUCGACGGUAUUAUCAUACUGGAGAGAAACCCUUUGACUGUGUUGAUUGUGGGAAGGCUUUCACUGAUCACAUAGGACUCAUUCAGCAUAAGCGAAUUCAUACUGGGGAGAGACCUUACAAAUGUAAUGUAUGUGGGAAAGCGUUUAGCCAUGGCUCAUCCCUGACGGUACAUCAGAGAGUUCAUACAGGAGAAAAACCUUAUGAGUGUGAUACCUGCGAGAAAGCUUUUAGCCAUCGUGGCUCGCUCACUCUUCAUCAAAGAGUUCAUACAGGAGAAAAACCCUACGGAUGUGAGGAAUGUGGGAAAGCUUUUCGGCAAAGUACACACCUUGCUCAUCACCAGUGGAUUCAUACUGGAGAGAAGCCUUAUAAGUGCAAGGAAUGCAGCAAAACCUUCAGCCAAAAUGCACACCUUGUGCAACAUCAGAAAAUACACACUGGAGAGAAGCCCUAUGAGUGUAAAGAAUGCGCCCUGUUGGCCUUCCAGACCCAUCCUCCCAGAGGGAUGGCCACUCAGCUGAUGACUGAUGAGGUGCUGGCAGAAGACACACCACCCUCCCUGGGGCUAGUUUGGACAAAACCACUCUUGGACUGUAAUUUCAAUUGGGAGACAGUGACGUUCAGGGACGUGACUGUGGACUUCACCCAGGAAGAGUGGCAGCAGCUGCAGCCUGCCCAGAAGGAUCUGUAUAGGGAUGUGAUGCUGGAGAACUACAGGACCCUGGUCUCACUGGACUUGGAGACUCAAUCUGAAAUGAAAGAAUCACACCCAAAGGAUGACAUUUCAAAACACAAACCAUCCUUCUGGGCAGCCAUGGGAGAACCGGCAAGGACUGGAGCCUGGGGUCCCACCUCAGGAGCAGCAUGGAGACAAGGUGGCUGGCUGGAGGGGCAGCACAGAGGUGCCAGGAUGGGACGGGAGGGGCUGGGAAUUCCCCAGGUGAGCAAACUCCUUGGGGACCCAGUCUCCCAGGGCCAAGAACUGAAGAUGUGUGCCAACCAGAGCUCUACCCUAGUCUGGCCGAAGCCAGACGAGCUCACAGAAAAAGGGGCCUGUCCAUUUGCAAGGCCUGGGAAGAACGGCAGCACUUCAGAUCUCAGUAAGGCCCCUGCAUCCUGCAUGGAGAAGAAACCCUACGACUGCAGGGAAUGUGGCAAAGCCUUCAGCCGCAGCUCUUCCCUGAUCAAACACCAAAGGAUUCAUACGGGAGAGAAGCCCUUUAAGUGUGACACCUGCGGGAAGCACUUCAUCGAGCGCUCUUCCCUCACCAUCCACCAGCGGGUGCACACAGGCGAGAAGCCCUAUGCAUGUGGGGACUGCGGCAAGGCCUUCAGCCAACGGAUGAACCUCACAGUGCACCAGCGCACACACACAGGUGAGAAGCCCUACGCAUGCGACGUUUGCGGGAAGGCCUUCCGGAAGACCUCAUCCCUCACACAACAUGAACGCGUCCACACAGGCGAGAAGCCCUACGUCUGUGGGGACUGCGGCAAGGCCUUCAGCCAAAACAUGCACCUGAUUGUGCACCAGCGCACACACACUGGGGAGAAGCCCUAUGCGUGCCGUGAGUGUGGGCGAGCCUUCAGCCAGAACAUGCACCUGACUGAGCACCAGCGCACGCACACAGGAGAGAAGCCCUACGCAUGCAGGGACUGCGGCAAGGCCUUCAACAAGAGCUCCUCCCUGACCCUACAUCAGCGCAACCACACAGGUGAGAAGCCAUAUGUGUGUGACGCAUGUGGCAAGGCCUUCAGCCAGAGUUCCUACCUCAUUCAGCACCAGCGCUUCCACAUCGGUGUGAAGCCCUUUGAGUGCAGUGCGUGCGGCAAAGCCUUCAGCAAGAACUCAGCACUCACACAGCACCGGCGCAUCCACACUGGUGAGAAGCCGUAUGAGUGCUAUGUGUGCAAGAAGCACUUCACAGGGCGCUCAUCACUUCUCGUGCACCAGAUUGUGCACACUGGGGAGAAGCCUUACACAUGCAGUGAGUGCGGCAAGGCGUUCGGCCAGAGCGCGUACCUAAUCGAGCACCAGCGCAUCCACACCGGCGAGAAGCCCUACCGCUGCGGCCAGUGUGGGAAGGCCUUCAUCAAGAACUCUUCCCUGACCAUGCACCAGCGCAUCCACACUGGCGAGAAGCCAUACCGCUGCGGCGAGUGCGGGAAGACCUUCAGCCGCAACACCAACCUGACGCGGCACCUGAGGAUCCACAUGUGAGCGCCUCUGCCGGCAGGAUACACCAGUCUCCCCAUGGAGCACAAGGCAGCUUGGGACAGAGGAGGCAGCAUGGGAAUAUGGGGUUUGUGGAGAGGCUUCUGCAUCACACGUGCCCCCCUCCACCGAGCAGCAGAAUGACUCCCCAUCCCAGUGUCUCCCCUCCUUGGGGAUAUUUUCAAGUUCACUGUCAUCGAGCCCCAGGCACUGGUCAGGGGAGCCUGACCACAGGCUGUCAGGGCUCAGGCCCAGCUCUCCAAGUAAGUUGUCCUAAGAACUGGGACUGUGCGGCUCGGUUUCCUCUGUGGUGAAGUGGGGCUGGUAGAGGUGUAGGAGGUAGACUCGGAUGGGCACAAGUUGUUGGUUUGCCCGGGAACCUAGAAAUAGUUUGUUACCAUCUAUGAGGGUUUUUUUUUGGGGGGGGGGGAGGAGUUAAGGGCUGAGGGGCAUCCUGUCCUGGCCCAGUCUUCCCACCCCAGGCUAGUAAGUGGUAGAAGUUUACAAUUUAUAUGUGAGGGAGAAAGAAGUUUUUUCAGAGUUAGCAAAUUACAAUAACUACUGCUUCAAAUGCCAAAGUUUCUUAAAGCAGUCUGUUACUUUUUUUAAUUAAUAAAACUUUGAAUUAAGGGAGACCCUGUCAUUUUAAAGACUUUUAGGUGUGAAAGAUAUAGAUUCUAGUUGUUCAGUCAAAACUUAAUUCUAGUACUGUGGGGGGAGGUGGGCAGGAAGGAAAACAAACACCGAUAGGUUUGAUAUUCAAGUGUAAUACUUACUGGUUUCCAUAAAUAGACAGUCUGCCCUUUUAUAGUUACCUUUUUUUGUUAAACGUGCAGGUAACUGUCCAUUCUUGCAGCUUUAACAAAAGACUUUAGACUGGGUAAUUUGUAAACAAUACAAAUUUAUUGCUUACAGUUCUGGAGGCUUGAAAGUUUAAGAUAAAAGAUGCAAAUUUGGUGUCACUUUUAUGUGUGUCCUCAAGUGGUGGAGAUGGGAAGCAGCUGUCUUCAGAUGUUUUAGAAGGGCACUAAUCACUUCUUAAAGGUCCCACCCACCUCUCUUUAUUGUUACAUUGGGGAUUAAAUUUCUAAACAUGGGAAUCACCUUGACAUUCAUACCAUGUCAGUAAUUUCAAGUGAGUUUCCUAAGGCUGAUUUGAAGCUUUGUUUACACGUGAAGUUUAUCCCAAAGUCAACUUUCUCUGGGCCAUCUUUUUAAUUUAGGUAUUUGAUACUACUGGUUGCUAACACCCUGCCAUUUCCAUUUAUUCCACACUUUAUGACACUGAUGUACUUGAAGAAUAAAUAAUUUGGUUUUAAAAUCAUUUAUAUUAGCAAGCACACUGUGCAAGUAGGAAAAACAAUCACUCUAGAAUGUAUAAACAAGGCAAAUCUUUUGUCAAAUGUAUGAUAGUUAAGUAAGCAUCAGGAUGGCUUUGAUGUAGACAUUUGUAUAUAUAUUCAUCAUUGGAGCCCCAUCGUGAUUCUCUGGCUCUCACUUUAUGUGCUGGCAUCAUCCACAGGCUGGCUUCCCUGUGGGAUGACAGCAGUUUCCAGCAGCUACUUGACUGCACAUUUCAGUCACAUUCAGAUGGAGAGAGAAGUCUUGCAGUUACUGAAAAAGACUCACCCAUGAACCAAUUGCUGUGACCAGAAAUGACUGAGAUCUGGGUCUUUCUGCUGUUUUUCUCAGUUACCAGCCCCUAAUGCAGUCUUUCUCAUGAGAUUCCCUGGAGUGAAAUGAAUACUAUUUUUAUCAUUUUAGAUAAAUUACUCAAAUCAUUGAAAUAAGUUAACACUUGUAAAAAAACAAAAUCAGAAUAGCCUGGUACAAAGUAAGUACUCCAUCUCAGUGAGUGUGUGCUAUUCCUACUCCAGUAAGAAAUGAUGCCCUCAUUUUUAAAAUGAAGGGCAUUGUACCCUACAAUGAUUGCAUUAUUGUACACAGCUAUGAUUUAAUAAAAAAAUAAUAAUAAUAAAAAUGAAGGGGAAAAAAGCAGGAUAAUGUAGCCAGUAAGAGUGGAGGGUCUAAGCAGGGGUCCUCAAACUACGGCCCACGGGCCACAUGCGGCAGUGUGAUUGUAUUUGUUCCUGUUUUGUUCUUUUACUUCAAAAUUAGAUAUGUGCAGUGUGCAUAGGAAUUUGUUCAUAGUUUUUUUUUGAAACUGUAAUCCGGCCCUCCAGCGGUCUGAGGGACAGUGAACUGGCCCCCUGUUUAAAAAGUUUGAGGACCCCUGGAAGCUUAGAUUCAAAUCCAGACUGUGACCUUACUUGGUAGGUGACUUUGGGCAAGUUUCUUAACUUCCCUGAGCCCAAAUUUCCUAAUUUGUAAAGUGAGAAUAAUACUAGUUCUCACUUUGUGCACUGUUUGUGGGGAAUAAAUGAGAUAAUGUGUGCAUUGCAGAGAACAGGUAUUACCUAGACAACAGUUGACAAAUAUAGUUCACAAUUCUUUGCUGGUGAAAUGGAGGGAGACUUAGGCCCUUUGGAAAGAUGUCUAUUGACGGCUUGCUAUAUGCCACAUUCCUUCAUACACAGUGGCUCCUUUAACCUUCAAAAGAUCCUUGAAGUAAGUAUUAUCUGUUGUACAGAUAAGGAGUCUGGGGCUCAGAGAAGCAAGGUAAAUUUCCUGAGGUCACACAGCAUGGAAGUGGAGGAGACAGGGUUUGAACUAUCCUUGCACUAGACUAAUCCUCCUGCAGAUGGAUAUGUUGAAUUUCUCAGUGCUUAACUCCUCUCCAUGGGCCCUGGGCCAGGUGUCUAUGUCCCUGUGUCCUCAAGCGUGGCCAUGAAAUAGAGGUUAUGGGUGCUGGGUAGGGGGCUGAAUGACCUCUCUCCUGGGGCAGUAAGAGUCCAUGCCACCCCUCUCAAGGGUAGCCCUCCAUGGCCACAUCACUCAGAGUAAACACCAGAUACCUCACAAAGCACUGUUGAAUCUAGCCACUCCUACCUCCUGGACUUGCCUCCACCCUAUUGCCCCCUUCAGCACUCUGUUCUAAGUUUUCCGUUUUUAGUAGAGACAGAGUCUUACUCCUGCUCAGGCUGGUCUUGAACUCUUGAGCUCAAGGGAUCCUCCUUCUGCCUCCCAGAGUGCUGGGAUUUCAAGUGUGAACCACCAUGUCUGGCUGACUUUUAAUGUUUUUACAUUUUAACAUCUCUCAUAUUGAAAUGUAUUUCACAGUUAUUCAUUUCUUCAGCUUUUCUUUUUUAGUCUUUUUUUUUUUUUUGAGACGGAAUCUUACUGUGUCACCCUCGGUAGAGUACCAUGGCGUCACAGCUCACAGCAACCUCAAACUUUUGGGCUUAAGAGAUUCUCUUGCCUCGGCCUCCCAAGUAGCUGGGACUACAGGCGCCUGCCACAACACCCAGCUUUUUUUUGUUUGAUGGUUCGAACUUGCCACCAUCGGUUUAUGUGGCUGGUGCUGUAACCACUGUGCUACAAACAUUGAGCCUCGUUUUUAGUCUUUUUAAGAUUUUAACCUUUAUUUCAUAAGCAAUACACAUGGAAGCAAAAUUUUCAUGUUCAUGGCAUACCAUAGUCAGGAAGAAAAAUUAGUUUCCAUUCCUAAGAUUAGCCAAGUAUUUACCAGAUCUACUUUGCCUAAUCCUGGUCACUAAAUAACAUAACAUUGAGCACUUCCCAUAAGCCUGGACUCCUCAGCAAAGAAUUUUAUUCUUGAGUUUUGCCAUGCUAAGAUUGGAGGACAUGUCACAAGCUUUUUGAAUGUGAUAAUUAUUUAAUAUAACUACUGCUUUUCUCAUUAUGAAAGAACACGUGUAGCCUGGAUAAACUCAGUAAUCUUUUGAUUUCUUCCUUUAAAUACCUUUUGUGUUUUUAACCUGGCUUUGCAGAUAUGCAUGAAGGCUUUGCAUGCAUAUCUGUGUGUCCACAGAAAAUAUCUGACAUUAUUUUAUGUGUUGGGUUUUCAUAUAACUUGCUUUUUCCCCCUACACAGCAAUGUGUCUAGGAGAUGUUUCCAUAUCAGUUUACAAAGAUCUAUUUUGUUCUGUAAAAUGAGGAUAAUAGCAUCAUCCAACCAAUAAGGCCUUGGUGAGGACAGAACAAAUCUUGAAAAAAAUAUUACUUUGGGGCCAGGCAUGGUGGCUUAUCGUAUAAUCCUGGGAGGCCAAGACAGAUGGAUUGCCUGAGCUCAGGAAUUUGAGACCAGCCUGAGAAAAAGUGAGAGCCUGUCUCUACUAAAAAUAGAAAAACUAGCUGGGUAUUGUAGUGGGUGCCUGUAGUCCCAGCUACUCAGGAUGCUGAGGCAAGAGGGUCACUUGAGCCCAGGAGUUUGAGGUUGCUGUGAGCUGUUAUGACAUCUGGCACUCUACCCAGAGUGACAGAGUAAGACUUUAUUUCAAAAAGAAAAAGUUACUUAAUUCAUAAUGAUUCUGUCUUUGCUAUGUUAACCCCAUCAUUUCUAUAGGGGUACUACAGAAAACCCUGUGGGAUAGGGGUAGUCAGGAGGAAGUGUGGAUUCUCAGCAGAACUGGCAGCUUGUUGCCCUGCCAGGAUUUGUACCAUACACACCCAGUGACUGGAUGCUUCAAGGUUAUAGCAAUGAGAUGAGUUUUCCCACUUCAGUUAUGCUUUGUUUUCCCUCCAGAAUAAACCAAAGUACAUUUAGUAGUAGUGAAAAAAAAAAAAGGUCUUUGGGGAGAGAUCAUCCUGAGUUAAAUCAUGACUGUUCCAUUUACAAGUUAAACUCAGGCCAAGGGGUUUGAGGCUCCCAAAUAAUCACUUUGGGGAAAUAAUCCAAAUAUCUGCCAGUUGGAGGAUGGCCACAUAAAUUAGAUAAAUUCACAUAGUAUGCCUGGAGUAGAUUCUUCUUUUUGUGGGAUGAUCCUUAUUGACAGGAUUCUCUCUCUGCCUUCUGGGUCCAAGCUGAUGGACCCCGGGGACAGAACAAUAAAUCAACUGCCUAUAAAGUGGUCUUAUUGUGGAGUCUUGUUCAACAGGAGGUCUGUGAUCUUGGAUGUCUUGUUUGGGUAGAUCAUGGCUCUGCAUCCAGCCAAUUGAUGUGCUUGGUUCAUUUCACUCAUUUUAAUUUUAAUGCAUUACUAACAUUAAGACAUUAGGACAGUUUACAUUUACAAGCAUCACCUUUCAUUCAGUCAACCUUCCCAAACCAACAUUCCUAGAGCAUCUGGUGUGUACCAAGAAGUGUUCUAGGUGCUUAGGCUCAGGAACAAAUUAGAAAUGCACAGUACCGGUGUUUGCAGCCGCCGCCGUCUCUUUCUAAUACCAGCGCCGCCUCUGGCUUGCCGAGCUCCAGCCAAAGAAGGGGAGUAAGAAGGUCUUUAUACCAUGGCUCGUACAAAGCAGACUGCCGGCAGAUCCACCUAUAUAGUAAAGCACCCAGGAAGCAACUGACUACAAAAGCCACUCGCAAGAGUGCCCCCUCUACUGGAAGGGUUAAGAAAGCUCAUCGCUACAGGCCUUGGUACUAUGGUACUCUGUGAAAUUAGAUGUUACCAGAAGUCCGCUGAACUUCUGAUUCGCAAACUUUCCAGCGUCUACUGCGAGAAAUUGCUUAGGACUUUAAGACAGAUCUGCGCUUCCAGAGUGCAGCUAUUGGUGCUUUGCAGGAGGCAAGCGAAGCCUGUCUGGUCGGCCUUUUUGAAGACACCAACCUAUGUUCGGUUCAUGCCAAACAUGUAACAAUUAUGCCAAAAGACAUCCAGCUAGCACGCUGCAUACGUAGAGAACGUCGUUGAGAGUCUACUAUGAUGGAAAAACAUUUCAUUAUAUUAAAAAAAAAGUAUCUUCUUCCUGUUAUUAGUAGUUCUGAACGUUAGGUUUUUUUUCCCAUGGGAUCAAGAAGAUACUUAAGUAUAUGAUUGUGACUGGAAAGAUAGGGGGCAGAAAUCAGGUAUUGGCAGUUUUUCCAUUUUCGUUUGUGUGUGAAUUUUUAAUAUAAAUGUGGGGAUGUGCAGCAUUAAUGCAAGUCAAAAUGUUUCAGUGAACAAGUUUCAGCAGUUCAAAUUUAUAACAAUUAUAAACAAACCUGUUAAAUUUUUCUAGACAAUGCCAGCAUUUGGAUUUUUUUUAAAAACAAGUAAAUUUCUUAUUGACAGCAACUAGUGUUUGUAGCAUUUUUAUCACACAGUAUACACCAUCCUUUCACUAUACUUUUUUACCUGAAUUAUCCUACAUGCAAGUACAUGUUUUUAA